AUGUCAUCAGAAAAUAUAAUCAACAGUAAUAAUAAUAGUAAUAAUAAUAACAAUCAAUAUAAUAAUGAAUCAUUGCAAUAUGGAAAUGGAAACACUACUGUAACUUCUUCUUCUUCGGAUACAUCACAGCUGUCUACAGAUGAACGUGAUAGCAAGAAACAACAGAUGUGGUUCCACGAGAUAUCAGAGAAACUACAGGUUCAAAGUCAGCUAAACGAUUCACUAAAAGAAAAGAAUUUACAUUUACUACAACAAUAUGAUCAAUCAGAGCAAAGAAUAGAAGCAAUGAGACAAGAAUUAGAUUUAAAGAACACUCAAAUACAAUCGAUAGAUCAUAAACUGAAAGAACUGAAAAAAAGCUAUGCACAAAAAGAAGAAGAAGUUAAAAAGUUAAGAUUUUUAAAUGAUGAAUUAAUGGAAUGGAAAGAAACACAUAAAAUCAAUGAAGAUGAUUAUUUUAGAUUAAAAGAAGCACUUAGAGUAAAAGAUGUAAAUAUAGAUUCACUUUCAACACAACUAGAGCAUUCAGUCAAUAGAAAUGCAAUGUUGUCAGAGAGUUUAAAAGAGAUUAGUGAGAGAACAAGUAUUUUCGAUAGAGAUGACAGUUUCAAUAUAAGCAGCGCCAAUGUUGGCAUACCACAAGAUAAAGUCGCUAGAAGAGAAAUAUUCAACCAUUAA